AUGUCGGCGUGCGUGCCCAUGUUUUCGACGUUCUUGCCUGCGUCUGCAGCGUGUUUGCAACCCUGUAUGACCUCAACCGUCAGAUACUACGUCAAACUAUUGUGCUGUUUUCUCCUCUUCCAUGCCAAACAGCAGCGUCGCAGCCUGCCUGUGCGCCACGCCCUCGCGAGCAUCCGCAACCCUGUUGUGGUUGUCAUUUGCUUGGGGCUGCCGGUGUUUGGGAAGAUGCAAUUAUGCUUUCUCCGAUUAGGAUUCGCCAGACGAACAGUCACUGUGACGGACUUUCGCGCUUGGUGCCUGCCUCCUUCGCUUUUGUGGCGCUGUCGCUCUUGUGGGGCCGGGGUCUUUGACUGGUGCUGUGGACAACACAGCACAGAGUUUCCCAGGGCUGACCGAAGACCCUGA